AAAUAAUCCACCCUAAACCCAGAGAAAAAAGAAAAUCCUUUUUCAUAAUUGAUCAAUUCCAAUGGGUUCUCAGUCUAGCUUAUUGCCUGAACUUCCUGUUAUAGAAUUUUCCCUGGAAAAUCUCAAUCCCGGAACGGACCUGUGGAUGUCCACGUCCAAACGAGUGGUUUUUGCCCUAGAAGAGUAUGGCUGCUUCGUCGCAACAUACGCUGAUUUCACUUCACAAGCUCACAACGAAAUUUUUCAAGCGCUCGAGGAACUAUUUGAUUUACCUACCAAAAUUAAGUCGAGAAACGCCUCCGAGAAACCCUACUUUGGCUACUCCGGGCAGCAACCCUCCAUGCCUUUGUAUGAGAGCUUGGGCAUUGAUGAUGCGACCACCCUCGAAGGUGUCCAAAGUUUCACGAACCUCUUGUGGCCGGCCGGUAACGAGCGGUUCCGCGAUGGCGUGCUCGCGUUCUCGAAGAAGGUAUCAGAGCUUGAGCAGAUGGUGAAGAGGAUGGUGUUUGAGAGCUAUGGGGUGAAGGAGUACUGCGACUCGCAUGUCAUGUCGACCACUUAUCUCCUUCGGGUAAUGAAAUAUAGGGCUCCGGAGAUGGACGAGACGAAUCGCGGCUGCAACGUCCACACAGAUAAGAGCUUCAUGACCAUACUUCACCAGAAUCAAGUUAAUGGUUUGGAGGUCAGGAGAAAGGAUGGGGAUUGGAUUGCCUUUGAACCGUCACCAUCAUCAUUUUUGGUCAUGGCAGGCGAUGCAUUCUUGGCGUGGAGCAACGGAAGGAUACAUUCUGCGGUGCAUCAAGUGGUGAUGAAGGAGAAGAAACCGCCCAGGUACUCGCUGGGCUUGUUCGCCUUCCACAGUGGAAUAAUCGAAGUCCCCCGAGAAUUAGCAGGUCCUGAGAAUCCAUUGAAGUUCAAAGCGUUCGAACAUUAUGGGUUGCUCCGUUACUUUUGCCAGGACGGCGUCCCUAAAGAUUGCUGCACUGCCCAGGCCUACUGUGGCAUUUAAAUGAACCAAUGGAUCAGCCAAGUUGAUAACGCACCACGGCCUUCACAGCAUAUGUUUUGCAAUCG